CAGGUCAAAGAGGAGGGACCAGAACCAGGACCUCCACAGGUCAAACAGGAGGAACCAGAACCAGGACCUCCACAGGUCAGAGAGGAGGGACCAGAUCCAGGACUUCUGCAGUUCGGAGAGGAUCAUCAGGAACCAGAACCUGACCAGAUUGAGGAGCUGGGGGAUCUCGGUAUGAGCCACCAGGGGGCGCACCUGGUUCUGAUGUGUGGAAGUGGAAGCUUUAAGUUUCCUUCUACUGAGGAGCAAAGUGCGGCCGAAGCAGAACUCACUCAGGCCGGAGCAGCUUCACCAGUCGCCACACCCUCACCAGCUUCCCAGAGAUCCCAGCGUCCAUCCAGGACGUCGUCAGCACAGAGACAGGUCACCAAGUACAUGGAGAGUACAGGAGACGACAGCGACUGUGUCCCAGGCGCGACAGAAUCCUGCUCGUCCGAGACUGACGAAGACGGACAGAAGUCGCCGUCCUCUCCGCCGCAUCCUCCCUUCUCUCCUAAAAAGGACGGCGGCGUUGAAAUCGCUGCAGAAAGAAGCAGCGAAGAGGAAGUUUACCCAACGAAGACGAUCCUACGAUCUCGCAGAAAGAGACGGAGUUCUUCAGACAGUCCAGAGAAAAGAUCCGCAGCUCGCAAGAAACGUGGAGUCCAAGAGAUUUCAGACUCGAUUACGAUAUUGGCGAGCUCGAAGUCCGGAGCCCGCCGCGUCUACAACAAGAGAAACUACUGUCUCUUCUGCCGUCGGCCCGCAUCAAAGAUUGCUCGACACCUGGAGGCCGUGCACGGUGAUGUGGAGGAGGUUGCUCGUGCCUUUCAGUUUCCAAAAAACUCACAGGAGAGGCGCAACCGGCUGAACAUCCUGAGGCGGCGUGGAAACUUCGCCCAUAACGCCGCCGUGGUGAAGAGAGGAGCGGGAGAGCUCCAGGCUUGCUACAGGCCGAAGCAGACCCGGCGUGCCGUCGAUUUCAGUCACUGCUUCCACUGCCAGGGCCUGUACAUGAAGAAAACACUGUGGAAACACAUGAGAACAUGUCCAGGGGUAAAAGAAAGGGACGAAUCCAGCGGCGGGAGGCGGCGGGUUCGCUCCAGAGCCGCCGGAAUCAGCGAGGGCUUCAGAAACUUCCUGUCCUGUUUGACACACGAUGAAAUCACUGAGAUCGUCCAGAAUGACCGACUUCUGAUGCGGUUUGGACAACAUCUGUACGACCGGAACGGCCGCAGGGAAAACAGACACGACUGCAUCAGGCGACGACUUCGGCGGCUCGGACAGCUUGUACUGGUUGCGCGAGCGAGUACUCCGAUCAGGACGGCAGAGGAGCUCGUUCGUCCCGCCAACUUCGGUCACACGGUGCUGUCGGUGAAGAGGCUGGCUGGGUACGACCCACAAAGCAACACGUUGAAAAAGCCUGCCUCGGUCCUCGGGGUCGGCAGGAGCUUGGGCGUCGUCUGCCAGCUGGUCAGGAGAGAGACGGUGUCCUCAGUGGACGGAGACUGGAGCCUUGUCCGGUUCGCUGAAGAGUUCAGAACCAUAAAGAACUUCAAAUGGAAACGACUGACGAGCAGAGACGCGGCGUCUUCCCCGGAGGACGCUGGACGGAACGCGCCGCAGAUUUUACCUCUGACCCAGGACGUUAAGCGCUGGGACGCCUAUCUGGACGGCGUGAGAGCCGAGGCGGAGGCAGCGUUGAGGCUCCGCCCGUCCGCCGGCGGCUACGGAGCGCUGGCCAGGGCCACUCUGGCUCAGGCCGUCGCUUUCAACCGGAGGACAGCGGGACAGGUGUCCAGGAUGGAGCUGGCCUCGUUCAGAGCCAGGAAGAGGUCAGGGGUCGACGAGGAAAUGGCCGCUUGCCUGACUCAAGUUGAGAGCAAAAUGUGUGAAUUCUUCACGAGAGUGGAGGUGAGAGGAGACGGAGGGGGAAGAGUCCCCGUGCUCCUGAAGCCGGCGGUGGCCUCGGCCCUGGAGCUGCUCGUGGAAACCCGGGAACUGUGCGGCGUUCCGGGAAAGAACGUCUACGUGUUCGCCAGACCGGGAGCGCUCUCGGCUUACCGGGGGGCGGCGUGCGUCCAGCAGCUGGCGAGGCAGAGCGGCGCCAAACGUCCCGACGUCUUCACGUCGGCGAGGCUGAGGAGGCUCGUCGCCACCACGUCCCAGCUGCUCGGUCUUCAGGACGACCAAGCCGACCGACUCGCCGGCCUCCUCGGUCUGGACGUCCGCGUGCGCAGGUCGUUUUACCGCCCGCCCGAAGGAACGCUGCAGCUCGCAAAGAUGAGCAAAAUCCUCCUGGCGCUGGACAACGGGAAACUCUCUCAGCUUGAAGGUCAAACUCUGGAGGACGUGCAGAUUGACCCGGAAGAACGUGUGGAUCCGGAGGAUAUGGAUUCCUCCGGCGGUGAGCGUUCCGCCUCACAGGAAACAGACGACUGUGACAACGAGACGACUGACGAUGAGGAGGAGGAGGAGGAGGAGGAGGAGGAGCCUUCCAAGAACGACUGCCUGCGCUGCAUCGCAGCAGAACCCCACGAGCUGAGGGCACGGAGCUGGACCGGGGUCAAGAACUACGUCCGGAACCGGAUCACCGCCCUGAAGAGAAGCCUUCUGUUUCUUUCCAGGAGGGGGCGAUAG